CUGAGGGGCUAGUAUGAAUAAAUUCCAGUUCUUUGUUUUGAAGUACACAACAAAAUAUUCCCUUUAUUAUUUGGUGCUACUGUGGACUUGUAUGUAUGUGAGUGUGCGGGUGAGAGAGAGAAAGAGAGAGCCUGUGGAAGCCAUAUUUUCUUUACACAAUCCUGAGAAGAAAAGAAGGAAUAAUUUCCUGGAAACAUUCCAUUCGACGUUUACUUGUUGACUGGACCAGAGUCUUCAGCGUGUGCAACACAAGCACAGUUCUUUCUACAACGGCAGGACCGACCAAUUGGUUUGCAGCUGACACAUGCACCGAAGCCAAUAAGGAGAAGAAGGAGCUGCUGCUGAAAACGAGCAAUUAAGGAAAACUUGAAACAAUGGAAGGAGGAGAAAGAGAAGUUCCGAAUUAUGAGCUACAGGUCUCCUUCACCACACCACAGGCAAUCCAUGAGAUGGGAUUUGUACAAUUUGAAGAAAACCAAGUUUUGAGCUUUUUGGCUCCUUCACACUCACAGCAGUCUUCUCAUAUUUCUCAACCUCUUAAUACCGCAACCACCAAUACCCAUAUGGGAUUUGGUGGUCAUAACGACCAGGUGGGAACAUCGGAUCCAAAGCCCACUAUUGAAGAGAACUGCACCGGUGGUGCUAACGGUGGCAACAAUUCUUGGUGGAGGAACUCAUCGUCCGCAGAGAAAAGCAAGGUGAAAAUUAGGAGAAAACUUAGAGAACCAAGAUUCUGUUUUCAAACUAGAAGUGAUGUGGAUGUGCUUGAUGAUGGUUAUAAGUGGAGAAAAUAUGGCCAGAAAGUAGUCAAAAAUAGCCUUCAUCCAAGAAGUUAUUAUCGGUGCACCCACAAUAAUUGCCGAGUGAAGAAGAGAGUUGAAAGGUUAUCUGAGGAUUGUCGAAUGGUGAUAACAACCUAUGAAGGUAGACACAACCACUCUCCAAGUGAUGAUUCAAAUUCAUCUGAACAUGAAUGCUUUACCUCUUUCUAAUAGUUUAAUUAUUAGACAAGAAAAACAAUGUUGUAAUUAACAUCAUGUAUCAGCUUGUGACAAUAUUUGUCUUGAUGAGUUUAGUGGCUUUUUAAUUUC